CGUCGUUGGUCGUCGUCACGCCGUCAGUGGCCGUCACUGCCGUCAGCGCUGUCAGUCGUGGUGAAUUGCAUCGCGAUAUUCGCGAUCCAGUUCAUCAUCCAGCUGAACCAAGUGGAAAUAGGUCGACUAGACGUCGUGCAGCGCGGUGCAGGAGUAUUGCAUUGUGCGGACGAUGGGGAUGGGGUUUCGUCGAUGGUGCGUGAGUGAGCGUCAGUAAGAGCGUCACACCCGAAGCCCUCCGUCUUUUCUUACUUCUGUCUUGCUUCGCCCACCCUCCUUCGUCGGCGUGUGUGUUUUGUGCGAUGUGAACGCGAGCUAUAAAAAGGUAGAGAUUAUACGAGAGAGCACGCUGUGCUGCAGGAAUACCACGAGAGCGCAGUCCCGACGUAUCGUCACACGAUUAUAUGCACUGUAUGCAGAUUGCAGCGUAUCGCACCGUGACGCAGCCAGCUCUUCAUACAAAUAAUGACGAACUGAUGAAUUACUGUGAAACUAAAAGCAAAGGAUCAGGACGAUGGAUCAGAUCGGUAAAAAGCAAGCGGCUAAUUCACCGGAGACAGCGUUGGCUAACGAGAUUUUCGAUCAGUUUUGCAACGCCAGUACGUUGAAAUCUAUCCUUGGCUACUACAGACAACUAUGCGAAUUACUGAAAAUCCGGCCGAAUGUCAUUAAUCAGUUUUAUCCAAAAUUGAAAACAAAACUGCGAUCGUGGAAGGCGCAAGCUCUAUGGAAGAAAUUUGAUCAACGAGCGAAUCACAAGUGCUAUAAUCGUGGCAAAGUAUGCCCGAAUACGAGGGUUUUAAUUAUCGGUGGUGGCCCAUGCGGUCUGCGCACAGCCAUAGAAGCACAAUUACUGGGAGCAAAAGUUGUUGUGGUGGAGAAAAGAGAUCGGAUGUCCAGAAAUAAUGUUUUACAUCUGUGGCCUUUUGUCAUUCAGGAUCUACGUGGAUUAGGAGCGAAAAAAUUUUUUGGAAAGUUUUGCGCAGGUUCUAUAGAUCACAUCAGUAUUCGACAACUGCAAUGUAUCUUGCUAAAAGUUGCUCUAAUUCUUGGUGUUGAAUUCCACGAGAAUGUAAGCUUUGAUUCUCUGAUUCAACCACCGGAUAAUCAGGAAGAUGGCAAGAUUGGUUGGAGAGCAAAGACUUCACCAGCUGACCACCCUGUCUCCCAAUACGAGUUCGAUGUGCUAAUUGGAGCUGAUGGUAAGAGAAAUACCCUGGAAGGUUUUAAACGCAAGGAAUUUCGAGGAAAACUAGCCAUUGCAAUCACGGCAAAUUUUAUAAAUAAACGUACCGAGGCAGAGGCUCGCGUAGAAGAGAUCAGUGGUGUCGCCUUUAUCUUUAAUCAAAAGUUCUUUAAAGAAUUGUAUCAAGAGACUGGUAUCGACUUGGAAAAUAUUGUGUAUUAUAAAGAUGACACUCAUUAUUUCGUUAUGACUGCCAAAAAACAUAGUUUAAUCGACAAGGGAGUUAUUCUACAGGAUCAUGCUGACACUGCAAAACUACUCGCGAAAGAAAACGUGGAUCGUGAAGCCUUGAUGUUGUACGCGCGAGAAGCGGCAGAAUUUUCGACGGAAUAUCAAAUGAUGGAUAUGGAAUUUGCGGUGAAUCAUUAUGGCCAACCGGAUGUAGCCAUGUUCGACUUUACUUCGAUGUACGCGGCAGAAAAUGCAAGUCGCGUAUUGGAGCGUCAUGGUCAUAGAUUGCUCAUGAUCCUUGUAGGCGACAGCCUCUUGGAGCCAUUUUGGCCUACUGGCUCUGGUUGCGCGAGAGGAUUUUUAAGCUCUCUGGAUGCGGGCUGGGCAAUCAAAGGUUGGGGUGCUUCGUUAUUUCCAUUAGAAGUAAUUGCGGAGCGUGAAUCCAUAUACAGGUUGUUGGGACAGACAACACCAGAGAAUUUGAAUAGAGAUUACGCUGCAUACACUUUGGAUCCUCACACCAGGUAUCCGAAUCUUAAUGUGCGUUCUGUAACUCCGAUACAAGUGCGCAGUCUUCUUGACACAGACGAUCCUGAAAGUAUCAAACAGCCUGCAAUACAAUCCGAAGUUGAUAUUCCAAAGAAACGAAGACGUCGCGAUAUGAGAGCUGACACUCAAGUUCAUCCAGACACACUGCUUCGCUGGCUACAAAAGCAAGUUGCAUUGUACGACAAAGUUCAUAUCGAAGAUAUGGGUGCCUCUUUCAAAGAUGGUUUAGCUAUUUGUGCAAUUGUUCAUAGAUACCGUCCAGAUUUAAUAGAUUUUUAUAGCUUAAACGCGAAAGAUACAGUGAAGAACAAUCAACUCGCCUUCGAUAUAUUGGAAAAGGAAUUGAACAUACCACCAAUAAUGACAGGAGAAGAAAUGAUUCAAUGCGAUGUUCCUGACACGCUUGCCAUGUUUUCUUACUUAACACAAAUAUAUGAAGUUUUUAGAGGCGAGAUUCCAUAUAUUAAGCAUCCAAAAUUAGAAACAGAAAUGGAAGAAUGCACUGCCCAUUCAAAGCAACUAAAACAAUGGACGUCUGAGGAAAAGGUUACGAAAACACGGCAUUCGCGCUCACGGCAUGCUAAUGAAAAUGUACACUCUUACGUAGAUAAAAAGGACAAUACGGUUAGCCGACGUUCUCGAAAGAGGCGGAGUACCGAGAAAGUGGGCGCGACGAUGGCUGAAAGACAGAAAAGACUCGAUGAGAUUGAGAAGCAUCAAACUGAGCGCAUGAAGAAGCGGCAGUAUUUGCGCAAGAUGGCAACUCAACAGUUCUACAAAAGCAUGCAGAUGCUGCAAGCCAAUGCAAAACGCGAGAAAGAUGAACCUUUUGAGGAUUACUCGAUUUUUUUAUAUCGUCAAACUGCACCAGAUUUCAAGGAUAGAGUAAAAGACUUAGAGCAGAAAAUACUUUAUCCAGACAGACAACCUAAAAUACACAUUAGUUACCGAAGAGAUAGUGUAGACGAAGAAUUCUCAGGAAGAAUAAAAGAUUUUGAAGAUAAACUGAAAGGGGCAACAUCCUCUGAGAAAAAACCCAAAGAUCUUUUACGUGCUAUCGGUAAAAUUGAAAAAACUGACUGGAACGUGAAAGAAAUUGAAAAAAAAAUCGAAGAGAACAAGAUGGGUCGCAGCGUUCGCCAUGAACGUGUAGAAAAAGUGCCGAAGUGGAGUCGCGAGCAGAUGUGUAUAUGUUUCAUUCAGUUUUUAGCUCGGCAGAUUAAGAUGGAGAAGCGAGGCAACGAUCAAAAGGACACCUACAAACACUAAGCCUGCUAUCGCAUUACCUGUGCAAGGAGGUUCAGAGAUGUGCCAUUUUUGCAAUAAAAGAG